GUGCAGAUGAUAUGCUGAAAAUGCAUGUCACUAAAGUUUUAACAGCUAGCAAGUGUACUACUUUAAUAGAACACCAAUUUACUUCUAGUGGAAUUGAUUUUAGUUUUGGGACAAAAUUUAAGGACUGUGAAUUGAGCAAACUUGCUGCUGAUCUAAUCUUAAAAACACUGGAUCUGAUGAGUAAGCUUAAGCAGCUGGUUCCUAACAUGGAAGUCAGUUUUUACAAAGUUCUUCAGGACCAACGCUUGGUUACCCCUUUGGCUUUGGCUUUAACAUCAGACCACAGGGCACAAGUUCAAGCAGGGCUUAGAAUAUUAUUUGAAGCAGCCCCGUUGCCAGAUUUUCCUGCCAUAGUGCUUGGUGAGAGUAUUGCAGCCAAUAAUGCUUACAGACAACAGGAAUCUGAGCAUGUCUCUAAAAGAAGUCACCUGCAAGCAUCCAUGACUUAUGUAAAUUCAGUAAAAUCCUCUAAUGUUUGCCAUCCCAAUGAUGGUGAUGCUGCAACUUUCAAAAUUCAGGACCUGAUUCACAAACUCCAAUCUGGCUUGGAGAUGAAGGAAUCAGUCACAGACAUCAGGGUAUCUGAAAUAAUGGAAGUAUAUGAACAGAAAUUGUCUGCAUUGGCAUCUAAGGAAACAAGGUUGCAGGACCUUUUGGAAGCAAAGGCAUUAGCUCUUUCUCAAGCUGAUAGACUUAUUGCCCAGUAUCGUUGCCAGAGAGCUCAAGCUGAAUCUGAGGCUAGGACGCUUGCCUCAAUACUGAAGGAUACAGAAAGGAAAAAUGAAGAUCUGGAAUCUCUAUUGAAAGCACAGCAGACAGAAUCUGAACGGGCACAAAAUGAUAUUGAACAAUUAUUUCAGCAUAAUCGGAAACUGCAAACAAUAGCAGAAGAAUAUGAGAUACUGAAAAGAUCUUCCAUUGAGCUGCUUCAAAAGCACGAAACUAUUGAAAAGCAAUAUAACAAUCUGCAAGGAAUGUGUAAUUCACUGAAUAAACAACUUGAGACCCUUAAAAGACUGAAUGAAUCGCUGAAGCAACAGAAUGAAAAAACUGUUGCUCAGCUUCUUGAA